CGCCGCCGGCUCCCCGGCCCUGCCGGCCUCCUCGGUCGGAGCCGCGGCCAUGGCGGCCAGCGCGAAGCGGAAGCAGGAGGAGAAGCACCUGAAGAUGCUGCGGGACAUGACGGGGCUGCCGCACAACCGCAAGUGCUUCGACUGCGACCAGCGCGGCCCCACCUACGUGAACAUGACGGUCGGCUCGUUCGUGUGCACCUCCUGCUCCGGCAGCCUGAGAGGACUAAAUCCACCUCACAGGGUGAAAUCUAUCUCCAUGACAACAUUUACACAACAGGAAAUUGAAUUCCUGCAAAAACAUGGAAAUGAAGUCUGUAAACAGAUUUGGCUAGGAUUAUUUGAUGAUAGAUCUUCAGCAAUUCCAGACUUCAGGGAUCCACAAAAAGUGAAGGAGUUCCUACAGGAAAAAUAUGAAAAGAAAAGAUGGUAUGUUCCACCAGAGCAAGCCAAAGUGGUGGCAUCUGUUCACGCAUCUAUUUCCGGGUCUUCUGCCAGCAGCACAAGCAGCACCCCUGAGGUCAAGCCCCUGAAAUCUCUGCUGGGAGAUGCUGCACCAGCACUGCACUUAAAUAAGGGCACACCUAGUCAGUCCCCAGUUGUAGGUCGCUCUCAAGGGCAGCAGCAGGAGAAGAAGCAGUUUGACCUUUUGAGUGAUCUUGGCUCAGACAUCUUUGCUGCUCCGGCUCCUCAGUCAACCGCUACAGCCAAUUUUGCUAAUUUUGCACAUUUUAACAGUCAUGCAGCUCAGAAUUCUGCAAAUGCAGAUUUUGCAAACUUUGAUGCAUUUGGACAGUCUAGUGGUUCGAGUAAUUUUGGAGGUUUCCCCACAGCAAGUCACUCUCCUUUUCAGCCCCAAACUACAGCAUUCACAGUACUUUCAUCUAGCUGCAGUUUUGGUGAAUUUACUUCAGCUUUUCCUCUCCAGGCUACCCACAGUGGAAGUGCUGGAUCAGUAAAUGCUAAUUUUGCUCAUUUUGAUAACUUCCCCAAAUCCUCCAGUGCUGAUUUUGGAACCUUCAGUACAUCCCAGAGUCAUCAGACAGCAUCAACUGUUAGUAAAGUUUCAACAAACAAAGCUGCUUUACAGACAGCAGACAAAUAUGCGGCACUUGCUAAUUUAGACAAUAUCUUCAGUGCUGGGCAAGGAGGUGAUCAAGGGAGUGGUUUUGGGACCACGGGUAAAGCUCCUGUUGGUUCUGUGGUUUCAGUUCCCAGUCACUCAAGUGCAUCUUCGGACAAGUACGCAGCGCUGGCAGAGUUAGACAGCGUGUUCAGUUCUGCAGCCACCUCCAGUAACGCGUACACGUCCACCAGUAAUGCCAGCAGCAGUGUAUUUGGAACAGUGCCUGUGGGUGCUUCUGCUCAGACUCAGCCUGCUUCAACUGGGCCCGCUCCAUUUGGGGCUACGCCUUCUACGAAUCCAUUUGUUGCUGCUACUGGUCCUUCUGCUGCAUCGUCUACAAACCCAUUUCAGACCAAUGCCAGAGGAGCAACAGGCCUUUCUGGAGCAAUGCAUUCUCAAGUGUUUCCUCACGCUCAUUUUGCGGCAACCUUCGGCACUGCGUCCAUGAGUAUGCCGGCAGGAUUUGGAACUCCUGCCCCGUACAGUCUCCCCACCAGCUUUAGUGGCAGUUUCCAGCAGCCCGCCUUCCCGACCCAAGCAGCUUUUCCUCAGCAGACAGCUUUCUCUCAACAGCCCAAUGGUGCAGGUUUUGCAACAUUUGGACAAACAAAACCAGUAGUGACCCCUUUUGGUCAAGUUGCAGCUGCUGGAGUGUCUAGUAAUCCUUUUAUGCCUGGUGCACCAACAGGACAAUUUCCAACGGGAAGCUCAUCAACCAAUCCCUUCUUAUAGCCUUACACAGACACUGUACUGGAACGAACUUUUAUGUGAUCAUAUUACAUCUCUCCGCCUCUUGCACUGUUGUCUUGUUUCACUGAUCUUAGCUUUAAACAUGAGAGAAGUCUUUAAAAAGCCUGCAUUGUGUAUUAAACACCAGGUAAUACGUGCGAAACAGAGGGCUCAGCAACAACUUUUCACUUGUGAAUUGGCAGGAAAAGGUAGCGGCAUCAUGUACAUUAAAAAUUGGCUAAUGUUAAGUUAUUGCAGAUCCCACAUUCAUUAUGCUGCAGUACUGUACAUAUUUUUCUUAGAAAUUAGCUAUUUGUGCAUAUCAGUAUUUGUAACUUUAACACAUUGUUAUGUGAGAAAUGUUACUGGGGAAUAGAUCAGCCACUUUUAAGGUGCUGUCAUAUAUCUUGGAAUGAAUGACUAAAAUCAUUUGAAGCAUCACUUCUGGAAAGUUCAAAGUCAAAAUCGGAAGGUUUUAUUCAUUCUUGAAUUUUUCCUUCUAAAGAGCUCUUCUAUUUAUACACGGCUAAAUUCUUUAAAGAUGUGAAGGACACCUGUCUGCGGAAUAAAGCUGAUCAUGUUUUGCUACAGUUUGCAGGUGAACAAAAUAAAUAUUAGAAAAUAUGCUAUUGUUUUUGUGUUCUUGCUGCAAUGCCUUUACCAAAGUGGCCUUAAAUAAUGAGUAGUGAGUUGAGAACAUCUUGAAUUCUUAAAGACUUCUAGUGACUAACUUUUUUUAAAAGGCCAUGUAGAAAAUGUAUUAAAACUACUAGGACGCUAUAUUCAGGACUGUGACAGUGGAAAAGCAUUUACAUGUAGCUUGUCAGAUUCACCAUGCUACUUCUAAUUUCUCUGCAACUUAUUAAUUUUGUGAAGUUUGUAAAUAUGGAGAAUUUGCAUGUUUGUGUAUUUACAAAUAUUUUUUAAAGAUCUUAAAUUCUCAGACUGCAAAAGGCCUAUUUUAACUAUUUUUUUUUCUGUUCUCCAUUUUAAUUGUCUUUGAAUGUAUUGGAAGCAGACAUGCCUUGACUGUGACACGAUUGCACCUGAGUUCAUGCCCCCUUUCUCCCCCCAUUUUCUGGACAGACUGAUAACUAUCAAUAGAACAUUUAUUUGUGUUUGUUUUGGGGUAAAGAAACAGGAACCCAAAUGUUACCUUAAAGUGAUGAAAUACUUUGUAUAAAAAGGUAGCAAUACUAAGUUUAGUUUUUCUUUUUGUUAAUAUUCAAAUGAACUUGUUUAAAUAUUUAUAUGUAGUAAUGCCUCAUUCAUCCCAAGGUAAUCCGACACUCUCUUCAAAAUGAAACACAACUAAGAGAACUGAAAUGAUUUAAAAAAAAAAAAAAAAGCUUCGAACAAUGCCCCAAGUCAUGAUUCUGUAUGUAGAGCAUACAUGUUUCUUUGAAUGUGAGUUUAAUAAUUUGAUAAUUUGAUUUAUUGAUCCAUAGCAUAUUUGUGUUGAUGAAAGGAAGGAGUCCAAAAUGACAAUGGAGAGCCUGCACUGGCAAAGGCCACAGGGACAGCCAGCCUGGUCUAGAGGACAGCAGUAUUAGUACAUUCGGUAAUGACUCUGUGCCAUCCAAAAAGCUAAAAUUGCAUACACAGUAUGUAAUGCCUGUAUGAAAGUGAUUUAAACAGUUUUUAAAGUUUGGUUUUAGGUGAUGUAAGUAAGCAUCAGCUUGCUCAAACAUUUUAUUCAUGUUGGAUGCAUUUUGCAGUGAUUGCUAUUACCGUCAUGCUUUAAAGUCUGGGUGUUUACUUGGGCUGCAGUCUGCUGUCCUCCUUCGUGGAAGGUGUGCUUUAUAAAAUGUACUUGACAAGUGACAUGCCCGAGACUCAGCCCUUUCUGAGCAGCUUGCCACUGAGAAUCCAGUUAUUGCUGCUCAGGCUCAGCUACACCUUGGGCAUAGUCUUGAAUUCUUUGUACAUUUUGGGGGCUUCAUCUAUUUUCAUGGAAGAGAACUUAAUGUCUUUAAACUUCUGUUUGAGAUUGUAUUAGAUUCAAAUCAAUUCAUAUGUACAAAAGUUAUACUAUAUAAUUGUAGGCCAUUACCCAAAUAACCUACCAGGCUUUCCAUCUAUUAAGUAAAUUAAACAGUUGUUAUCAAAAUA